AUGCUUCUUUUAUUGCGUCUCUUCAUCUCGCAGCCGCUCGUACUCUCAGCACUCCAAUAUUACCCACGGUACGGCUGCGGGAAUCUGCUUCUCUGCGCUGACCUCCCACGGUUGUGCCCCAUCCGGUCGACGCCGGAGGCUUGGAGGCUCGGCGGCCCAAGCGCCUACCCGCUCGUGCCCGCAUACCACAUUGGGCCGGCCAGUCUUGGGAGCCUUCGAGCUUGUCUGGCAUAG